CUUUUUUCAGCUGUGAUAUGGAAAUAAAAACGUCUUUUAUGUUCGAGAAUUUUUAUAAUCUCAAAAUAACCAAAAUUCGACCGCCAUGGAGCCGACAAUAUGUCGUGUUUGCAUGGUAAAUCAAGAAAAUAUGGUCAAUAUCUUUAGUAAGCCACCGAACUCGCGUGUUUCUAUUGACACUAUCAUUUCCGAGUGGUGCGGCCAACCAGUGGUAAGAGACGAUAUCUACUCCAAGCUUAUUUGCCCAUCCUGUCUGCUGGAUGCGCAAAAUGAGUAUACAAAUGGGUAUCAUGAAGAAGAUCACAGCAGAGUAGUAAAAAGCGAGGACGAGGUAUCAACGAAUGUUCAAGUUGUGCAAGAAUCACUUGCAAGAAACGUAUUCGAGGAGGAUAUGUCUGAUAAUUUAGUUGAUGAGAACCAAGUUAUGGAAGAAUCACACCAAGCGAUGAACGAGCCACUUGGAAGAGACGUUUUCGAGGAGGAUAUGUCUGACAAUGUAGUUGAUGAGAACCAAGCCAUGGAAGAAUCCGACCAAGCUCAGGAAGAUUCUUAUGAGGACCAAUUCCCCAGCUUAGUGAUGAACGAGCCACUAACAGGAGACGUAUUCGAGACGGAGUAUCCCCCCUAUACAGAAUCCGACCUCUUUAGCGAAGUAAAGAUCGAAGACAAUUGGCAGCUGGAAUAUAAUUUUGAAACUAGCGAACGUGAUAUUUCUGAUAAUGGAGUUGAUGAGAACCACAAUGUUGACAAUGAUAACAAUGCCGGUGAUGAUGUUGAAGAACCUUUUACAUGUAUCCUUUAUCCAGAGAGUGAUCUUAGCGAGCUUGAAAUGUAUGAGUAUGAUGUUGAUGAGAACGACAAUAUUAAUGAUAACACCUGCAGGAGAUAUCCGUUUGGGUGUCCCCAUUGUGAAAAGACCUUUACCAAUAAAGCCGGUCUUGGGGGACACCUGAGAAUCCACAAUAGAAAUCGGACAUUAGAGUGCUCCCAUUGCAUGAGCACCUUUACACGGCCGGGCAAUCUUAAGCGUCACAUGUUAAUCCACUCUAGGGACCAGUCCUUCAAGUGUUCUGUCUGCUCCAAAAACUUUCGAUCCAAACAAUUUCUAAACAUUCAUAAACGUAUCCACAUGAAAGAUCGAUCAUUGCAGGGCUCCAAUCUUAAAGUCAAAAUACAAAAGCUCAAAGACGACCGGUCGUUCCAGUGCUCCCACUGCCCAUCGACAUUUAAAACUGAUGAUGAUCUUAAGAGACACUUGCAAAAGUGUAAGGGUAAAUGUCAACAGGCUUUUGAUACUAAAUACCAAAUUAAGACUCGUUCGCGAAGUAAAGGUGCUAGGCAAAAUCGAAUUUAA